CGCGCCGGCCGCGGCCGCCGCCGAGUGAGCGCCCUUCGGGCUUGCCUGGGCGCCCCGCCGCCGCCGCCGCCGCCGCCGCCGCCGAGCUGGGCCAGGAGGGAGCCGCCCCCCGCGGGGCCGCCGGGCCCUCGGUUUAAAUGUAAGACUGGCUGUUUAGUUCUCCUUCUAAGCCGUAUCGAUCCAACAAGCCACAGAGCCAUAAUGUGGCAAAGCAUCCUUUUUGAGAGGUGAAUAUUACGGAAUGAAAAUGGCUGACAGAGGUGGGAAGAUUGUUCCAGGGCAGGUGUAUAUUGAAGUGGAAUAUGAUUACGAAUACGAAGCGAAGGACAGAAAGGUCGUGAUAAAACAAGGGGAACGAUAUAUCCUGGUGAAGAAGACCAACGAUGACUGGUGGCAGGUGAAGCUGGAUGAGAACUCCAAAGCGUUUUAUGUGCCUGCCCAGUAUGUGAGGGAGGUCGGCCGCAGAGCCCUGAUGCCGCCUGUGAAACAGGCAGCGGGGCUGCCGAAUCAUUCUGUGAAAACGAUGCAGAGUCUCCACCUUCAGAGGUCAACAGAAAAUGUGAACAAAUUGCCCGAGCUUUCAAGUUUUGGAAAGCCAUCGCCGUCUGUUCAAGGAACAGGUCUUAUUCGUGAUGCCAAUCAGAAUUUUGGACCCAGUUAUAUUCCAGGUCAGACUGUCAACCUCAGCCUGGACCUGACCCAUAAUAAUGGAAAGUUCAACAGUGACUCACAUUCUCCCAAAGUUUCUGGCCAGAAUAGGACACGGUUAUUUGGUCACUUUCCUGGUCCGGAGUUCUUGGACGUAGAGAAAGCUGGCUUCUCCCAGGAACAGUCUUGUGAUUCAGCAGGAGAAGGCUCGGAACGGAUUCAUCACGAUUCAGAGUCCGGUGAUGAGCUUAGCAGCAGCUCCACUGAGCAGAUAAGGGCGACAACACCUCCAAAUCAAGGGCGGCCAGAUUCUCCUGUCUACGCUAACCUGCAAGAACUGAAAAUAUCCCAGUCGGCUCUCCCCCCGAUCCCUGGAAGCCCAGCAAUUCAGAUUAAUGGAGAAUGGGAAACUCAUAAAGAUAGUUCAGGGCGUUGUUAUUACUAUAACAGAGGAACACAGGAAAGAACUUGGAAACCCCCUCGUUGGACUCGAGAUACAAACAUAAGCAAAGGAGAUUCCCAGAGUCCAGGAGAUCAAGAGCUUCUUUCAUCAGAAGAAAACUACCACAGCGUUUGUUACAGCCAGUCAGAUAGUCAGUGUGGUUCUCCUCCAAGGGGUUGGUCAGAAGAGUUGGAUGAACGUGGGCAUACCUUGUAUACCAGUGACUGUACUAAUGAAAAGUGGCUCAAGCAUGUUGACGAUCAAGGUAGACAAUAUUACUACAGUGCAGAUGGAUCUCGGUCAGAAUGGGAGUUGCCAAAGUAUAAUGCCUCAUCUCAGCAGCAAAGAGAAAUUAUUAAAAGUAGGAGUCUGGACAGGCGGCUGCAAGAACCAAUAGUGCUAACAAAGUGGAGACAUAGCACCAUUGUGCUGGACACCAAUGACAAGGAAUCUCCAACUGCCUCAAAACCCUGCUAUCCUGAAAAUGAGUCUUCUCCCUCUUCACCAAAGAACCAAGAUACAGCCAGCAGUCCAAAGGGUCAAGAGAAAUACGGAUUAUUAAAUGUAACAAAAAUUACUGAAAAUGGGAAAAAGGUUCGAAAGAACUGGUUGUCUUCUUGGGCCGUGUUGCAGGGUUCAUCUUUACUGUUUACCAAAACUCAAGGAAGUAGCACAAGUUGGUUUGGGAGUAAUCAGUCCAAACCAGAGUUCACGGUGGACCUUAAGGGGGCAACGAUUGAGAUGGCUUCAAAGGAUAAAUCCAGCAAAAAGAAUGUAUUUGAGCUGAAAACCCGUCAAGGAACAGAACUGCUGAUUCAGUCUGAUAACGAUGCUGUUAUCAAUGAGUGGUUUAAAGUUCUUAGUAGCACUAUCAGUAAUCAGACAGUAGAACCUGAUGAAGCGAUUGAGGAGGACAUACCAGAUUCACCAGGAAUAGAAAAGCACGAUAAAGAAAAGGACCAUAAGGAUCUGAAGAAAUCACGUUCCACGAAAGUAUCUAGCAUAGAUUCUUCAGAACAGAAAAAAACCAAGAAAAACUUAAAGAAAUUUCUUACGCGACGCCCCACUUUGCAAGCUGUUCGUGAAAAAGGUUAUAUUAAAGAUCAGGUAUUUGGAGCCAAUCUUGCUAAUCUGUGUCAGAGAGAGAAUGGCACCGUGCCAAAAUUUGUGAAAUUGUGCAUUGAACAUGUUGAGCAAUAUGGGUUGGACGUUGAUGGGAUUUAUAGAGUUAGUGGCAACCUUGCAGUGAUCCAGAAGCUGAGGUUUACAGUCAAUCAUGAUGAGAAAUUGGACUUGAAGGAUAGUAAAUGGGAAGAUAUUCAUGUCAUCACUGGAGCACUGAAAAUGUUUUUUCGAGAAUUACCAGAACCUCUCUUUACAUUUAAUCAUUUUAAUGAUUUUGUUAAUGCAAUUAAACAAGAACCAAGACAGCGUGUCUCUGCUGUGAAGGAUCUAAUCAAACAGUUGCCAAAGCCAAAUCAGGACACAAUGCAGACUCUGUUUAGACAUCUCAAAAGAGUUAUAGAAAACGGAGAAAAAAACAGAAUGACGUAUCAGAGUAUAGCAAUUGUGUUCGGUCCUACUCUGUUAAAGCCAGAGAAGGAGACUGGCAACAUAGCAGUUCAUACCGUCUACCAGAAUCAGAUUGUAGAGUUAAUUCUUCUCGAGGUAAAUUCCAUCUUCGGACGUUGACUCUUACUGAAGAGAACCUGUGGAAUAGAAGCCGGAUUUCAUCAGAUUCCAAGUCCUUACACCUGAUGUAGUUUAUGUUUGGACCAAGCAGUGACUCUUUGAUUUUGCACUUUUCUGAGGGACUGGAAGGGAAUGGGAGAGUCCAGAUGUGUGAUAGGCCCUCAUAUUUGCUGCUCUGUUGCAAGUUGAUAGAACUGUGUGUACGUUUGAAUUAGUUUUAUCCUGAAUGUUUGCAUUUCAUACUCUGAAUUCCAGUAAAAAUCAAAACUUGCGAUUCUAACCAGUCAUAUACACUGGAUAAUUUGGUAAGAAUACUACAUUUUUUCUCCUCAAACUGGAUGACGUAGAAUUUCUUCUCAUGAUUCAAUAGGUUCAUCACUCGAUAGAACAAUACUUACUAUCACCUAUUUUGAAAACGCUCCUGGGCAUUUUAAACAAAAUGAAGUAUAUCUGUUUUGAAACCUGUGUUGUUUUUUUCGGGGUUUCUGCAUGCAGUGGCAGUCUGAUUGCUAGGACCCAUUAUAACCCAGAUGCAAUCCCUCCAUGAAGGCUUUUUUCGGGGUUUCUGCAUGCAGUGGCAGUCUGAUUGCUAGGACCCAUUAUAACCCAGAUGCAAUCCCUCUGAAGGCUUUUUUCGGGGUUUCUGCAUGCAGUGGCAGUCUGAUUGCUAGGACCCAUUAUAACCCAGAUGCAAUCCCUCGAUGAAGGCUUGCUGUCUUCAUGGAGUAGCACAGCAGCAUACUAAUAGUACUUAAAACACUGUGAUAUACUGGAGUUUAAUUUAGCAUAAGCCAGUUCGGGGUAUUUUGGGGCUGUCUGUGCUACACUGACUUGUAGCUAACAAUCCUAAUCUACCUAGUGCCAUACUGAGUUCUUGGUAUGAUCCUGUGGAAACCAACGGUAUUUGAUGUAAAUACAGGCUAAAGACUCACUGUCCUUUAGCUUAUGUAUAUAAUUGUGUUAUAUAGUCUCAGAGUACAUUCUAACCUCUCAUUUCUAAUCACGAUAUUGGUAAUUCUCCGUGAAUAUUAGGGUUCCUCCAGAAAUAGGCCGUUAUUUGAGAAAGUUAACUGUGUGCACUUUUAGAUUUUUAAUUACAUUUACAGGCAAAUCACUGUAAUGCAAAUGGUACUGGAACAAUGCUGAAUAGACUUGCUAAAUGGUAAAUGCACUACAAGAGGAACCUUUUAGAUUAUUUAAUAUGUACAGAAUACAUUAGAAAAAAUUUAUUACAGAAUUCUAACUGCAGUACGAAUAGUGGAAACCCAUAUGUAAAUUAGAGGGAAGUCAGAUCGAAAAUGACAUUGCUAAAUUUGAGAAUUUCUUUUUGCAUUACUAUUGUAGAUUGGUUUGUAUAAUAAAACAGGGUUUGGAAGGUUUUGUUACAGAGAGCAUGGUCUGCUGAAGAUUUUUUUAAAUGUAUUUUUCUAGAUUAACUGCUGUAUAUGAAAUGUCUAAUCUGAAUAAAGAAAACUAUAAGAGGUUUAGAGAUUUUUCCAUUGGAAAUGUGUAUUUUGGUUUAUAAUUUUGUUUUGUUUUUGCAUUUACUGGCACACUCUUAUAAUACCUCAUUUUAAAAAAAUCAACCGAAUCCAGUACUUCCUGUGGCAAAUGUUUUCCUCGUUUCACACCUUUUGUGCUCCCUGCCAUGCCAGUGCCUCUGCCACCCACCCCCUCCCACCCCCUCCCAUCCUUCCCAUCCCUCCACUCUUUAUUUCUUCAUCAAUAUUUGAAAGUGAAUGAUUUGUAACCAAGAUUCUUUUUCUUAGGGUUGCAUCUAUAAUUUACAGAUUACUUUUCUUGGGGACAAAUAUUUUUUGUAUGACCUGCGUAAAAACCUCUCACCUGAGUUUUGUGGUGAAAAUGUUGUUUGUUGUUGUGAUCUUGUUAAAUUGAUAACAAACCAAGCUACUUGACAGCAAUGGGAAAGUAUUGUUUUUUGGGUAGGGAGAAAAAGCUCCCAAAUGAGAAUGUUUAUAUUUGCCUAAAGAUGUCCUUAACAAUAUACAGUAUGCUUUAGGCCUGGCCUAUAUAGUGAUUGUAAUGCCAGGAAAACAAUUAGACUCAAAUCAGUGAUGUUCUUUCUCUUGGUAGUUAUGACAUAUCAAAGAUUAAAAUUGUCCUGUGUUUCUUGUUUCCAAGUACACCUGUGUGUAUGUGAAGUCUUGAAUGUUUUAAUAGUCCACAGCUAAUCAGCUUAUUGUAAUAUUGUAUGUAUAAUGAGAUCAAUGUCUUGUGUUUUCAUCCUUUGUGAAUUAAAAAUUCUCACUUGUUUUCUUGUCAUAACAAAACCAGUAAUAUUUCUCUGUCUUGACAGCUUGAUUUUUAGUAGAAAAUAUAUUAAAGGCUGAAAUAAAUUGUCAGUGGAAUUUCAUUUACUAA